AUGCUGAACCCUUUUGUUUGCGGCACUUUCCACCAAGAAGCAGAAGAUGGACCAUGUUCUAGCCCCAAGAAAUCCAAAAGAAAAGAUAGCAGAGAUAAUAACCCAUUCUCCACACGAGGCCUUGACAAGUUUUCAGCACUUUUAGCUGAUCUUGACCAGAGAAGGCAAAAGGUUUAUUCACAGAUGAGUCCUCAGGACAUUUCUCUCGUUCGCUUUGCAUACUCAAACACAGAUGAUUUCGUCCCCAUCGUGGUGAAAGUGAAAAACAAGGACCAAAAGAGACACAAGAGUGAAGAGCUCAAAGCAAGACAUUUGAUAACACCUUUAUUGGAUCGGCCAAUAGAGAAAUCUACAACUUCAGCUGAAGCCACUGCUUCUAUUGAAGAAAGAAAGCAACCCAAGAAGAAUAUUAGUACUUUCUCUUGGGAUAUGUUAAUGAAGAGACCAUCUUUCUAUGUACCAGCUGUUAUGAUAUUGAUUUUGGUGUUCUUGACUGUGUUUGGAAGAUCAGUUGCAACGCUUUGCACCUGUGUUAUGUGGUAUGUUGUCCCUACAUUGAAUGAUAUCUCAAAACCACCAAGGAAAUCAACGAAGAAGAAGAAGAAGAAAGAUAACUAUGUUAUAGGGUUGAGUGAAAAGAAGAUGGUGACUCAUGAAGGGUUACUUUCUCCGACAAGUGGUGAUUCCAGGGCUUCAAAUGAUCAUAAGAGUUCAGGAAAACAUAGCCACCAGAAAAGCUGGUGA